AUGGGCAUGAGUGGGAGAGCUUCUGUGCCGGAGGAAGCCUCGCUUGAGAGAGGGCCCAGGUGCACAGACGCCCUCGGCAGGUCUACUCCGUCCGAGAGUGAGGCUUGCCUCCAGGCCGAAGGAAAGUGGAAGCGCGGGCCGCUGGGCAGGCGGGAGGAGGGCGAAUGCUCGGGUCCCAGGGAGGGCAGCUCGGGCACUGGCUGCUUCGCCUUGCCACUAGGGAGACCUGAGCGGCUAGCUGUCCGAGGAGGGGGCAGGGGCGGCGGCUCUGAGCACCCCCCGGGGAGCAGCGCCUUUGUCUUUCUCCCGGUUCAGAGACCCGGCCUCCGGGGGGCGCCGCCGCUGUCACCGUCCCCGGCUUCCUCUGGCCUCUCUGGGCGCAGAGCCGGCGGCGGGGCCCGGGCAGGACGCCCACCGGCCCUUUGGCGCUUGCCCGGAGCUCCCCUUGCCGCCCAGGACCGGGGGUCAGUCCCCAACUCCGCCAGCAUCGCGACUUGCCCCGCAGCGCCCCCGGUGGCUGAUCGUGGUAGCGCAGGGGCCGGUCACGUGGGGAAGUCGAGGCCCGGGCAGGGCCCCUGGUGCCCCUCCCCCCCGCCCCCCGGGCUUCAGCUUGGCUCCGAGCAUGGGGCCCGGCCUCUGCCUCCUGCUCUGCCUCGGGCUGUGUCUGGGCCAGAACCGGAGGUCCCCGGAGGGGUCCCCCGCGUCCGCUCCGUGGGGCCCCCCCUGGCAGAGGGGUCGGGCGAGUGUGGCUCCGUCCAGUCGCGCCUGAGAGGUGGUGGCAGGUACCAGCCCCUUCGGCGGCCCAAGAAGUUCUCUUCUGGAACCUCCCAGGCCCAAGUGCCUUUCCCAGGCCCUUCUCCAGCCCGGCUUCCCAAGGGCCUCCCACCCUUCCAGUACCCUUCCAGGCUCCUGUCCCCACCAGCCUCCCCGUGGAGAGCCCACCGGCCAGCCCCUGCUCCUAACGGAUCCAGCCCCUUCGUUGAGUGCCCCUUCUUAGACCCCAGCCCCUCGAGCCCCUCCCAAGAGCAGCAGCCCCGGCGCCCAGCUCCCGGCUUUGUCUCUGCAGGGCUGUACCCCCGGCCUGCCUUCUGGGCCGAGCCGGGCCAGGCCGUGGCCCGAGGGAGGAGCGUGGAUCUGCUCUGCCGGUCCCACCUGGGCCUCUCCCACUUUGCCGUGGCCCGGGAGCGCAGGCCCCUGCUGAGGAUGAACAGCAGUCGCUCCGUGAUCAGCUUCAGGAUCCAGGCGAUGACCAAGGACCACGUGGGCACCUACUCCUGCUACGGGUUCCCCCCCUUCUCCCCGCACCUCUGGUCUCACCCCAGCAAGGCGCUGGUGCUGGAGAUGACAGAUGCCGCCAUCUCUCCCGCCUUCUUCUUCAGCCUGGCCCAGCUGAGCCUGGCGGGGCUGAGUCUGCUGUUCUUUGGAAGGCUGGGGACCAAGACCCUGGUCAGGUGGUGGAGCAGGAGGGGGCAGCCCAGGCCUGCGGAGGCCCCGGCGUGAGCCCCGGGGGUCCCAGCCCUGCUUCUGGAUUGUGGAAUAAAAGGUCAAG